ACCGUCUCCGGCAGUGCGGGCCAGCUAGGGCGCAGCUUUUAAGUUUUAUUCAACUCAGAGCGGACAAAUCUAAGAUUAUCUUACCUGGUCCUGAGUGACCGUCACUGAGUCACAAGCCGUCACAAGUGAAUCUGCAAGGCUGCACUGCAGCAUUUGGCUGCAUGACAUCGCAGAUUUGAUGAUACCGCAACAGAAGUGAAGUCCUGAAUUCCUAAUUAAGCUUUUCGCCGUUUGCUGACUUAGCAAAAUUCCAGCUUCUGCGGUUGUUGCGCUGGAAGCACGAACUUAGCGCUGCUCAGAUACAUACCAGGAGCAGCAAAGAAACGUGCUUUCGAGCACUUGCUAAGGUAGCAGUAAUUCUGGAUUCUGAGCUUGUUCAUUCAGCUAGGAAGCGGUAUCAAGGUCAAUCAUGCAAGGAGACAUUCUGGAAAGGAGGGUGUUAAUCACAUAUGAUCAGAAGGAAAAUGCGGGUACAACCACUGGGGGAGAAGCCUUGCAUUUGCGGCAUCCAAAGACUGCUGUUCCGUCACUGUACUUACUGAUUCGGGAAAAGUUGCAAGAAGUUCACUGGUUCAAGCAGCAGCUAGCGUCUUGGUUCAUUGGAGAGUCUGUCAGUGAAGAUGGCAGCCUCUAUCUUUCAUCACCUGUCGACCCACUGUUCAUUGCCCUACCGCUUCUGGAACAAGCACGAAUGAAGAAAGGCGACAGUCCUGGCAUGUUUCGAGGCUUGGAGGAGAUGCUCGAAGUGGAGGGCUUCCCUGGCUAUCAAAAGCUGUUCGACGUCUUCGAGAAGACCCUGGACAUGGUAUGCGAAGUCAGAGAAGCCGGCGACACAAAGUACUAUAGACUAGACGACUUCAAAGCACUUGCUUGGCUUUGCUGCAAGGUAGAGCAAGCGUCAGCAGCCCUCAAAAUGAAAGGGGGAAAAGCUUUUCACGGGUUGAGCGACGAUGAGCUCCGAACUUACUCUAUCGGGUUGCUAUCUGAGUAUCUACCAGCUGCUACAUGGAUGAAGCGCCUUUCAGACCACUACGGAGUUGAUCUGGAUGCCGCCAAGAAGGCCCGCGUCCUCCUUCCAGUCCAGCCGCUGCCGUGUGCACCUCCCCCACCCCCUCCAGCUAAAACUGUGCCAGUCGCAAAAGGGCGGGCGAGCUCCCUAGCAAAGAAAGGACCACAACCAGGCGAUCGAAAGAUAACAUCAUUCUUUGCCAGGCCAAGGUGACCGUGUGGACAACUUUGAGCACAGGUUACCUGUAUUGUCCAGUCGAAAUUGUACCUGAGAUUUGCUGCAUAGCGAGCCCUUCGUGUUUUUCCCACCAUUUUCAACGCCUUGUUGAAGGUGAGUCUUACCAUGCAGCGGAUACUUUGGAAAAGCAUAUUGGUCAGAUGGCAUUGAACAUGAUCUUUCAGACAUAUUCAGGCUCUCGUAUUUACGGAGUUCCUUAGGACAAGCAGCC